AUGGCCAAAUUGCUGGAACGCCUUUCUAUUCUCAGUACCGUUAAUGGAUGGAAACAUGUAUUAACACCGGUGGACUUGAUCUCAUCCGGAUCCGUGCGUGAUGGCACAGUUGAAUGGUGGAUACUCUGCUUGCAAGUGUAUUACAUCAAUGAAGACAGGGAAAAGUUAGGCGUGUCUUGUAUCUGGAUUGGUGUGACGGGUUAUAUGGAGCUGAAAGGCAUAGUCGAUGAAAGGAGAAAUCUGUGUUUGGGCGGAUGUAAUGUCCUAUCCAAACUAUGGUACAUGUCAUUUAGUCGGGACCGCUCUUUGGACUUAGAUAGUGAGGACGUAAUAGUCUGUUUCCCUUUCGACGAUGGCUUAAUAGGGUUAAUACCCCUGAGUACCGAAACCCACUUAUGUACGAGUGUUAUUUGGUUGAACGACAAUUUAGUAUUUGCAUGGUUUACUUUAAGAAACCAGGAGGUUUUGGUUUCCAUGUAG